AGAAUAUUGAUUAGGCGACGGGAGCAGUUUGAUCCAAAAAAAUGAAAAAGAAAUGAUGAGAAAAGAGGCAGUGCAUUCAAAAUGUGUGAGAGACCACUUUCAAACACUUUGAUACGCAAACACAAUCUUCCAUAAAACAGCACUUCAAGAAACACUCUCAAUUGCUCUAAUCAUCUCUUCUCUUCAUGCGCACCCUUCUCUUUAGUUUGUAUGUAAAUGAGUUUCUACUCCAAGUAGAAUAGAUAUCUUUUAAGAAGCAGCUGAAAAUUUCAGAUCUUGAAAUGGUGGCUGAAGCUUGGAUUCUGAAGAUGGGCAACCAGGUAAGUAGUAAUUUAAAGCAAGCAUUACUUGUUGAACCCCACAAGCACAAGCACAAGCACAAACACAAGAACCUAAACACCAUUGGAAUUCUUUCGUUUGAAGUUGCUAAUGUUAUGUCUAAAACUGUUCAUCUUUAUAAAUCCCUUACUCACUCCGAGGUUUCUAGGCUCAAACUCGACAUCUUCAAAUCCCAGGGGGUUAACAAUUUGGUCUCCACCGAUGAAACCUACCUUCUUCAGCUUGCUUUAGCUGAGAAGCUUGAUGACUUGAAUAGGGUUGCCACCAUUGUUUCUAGAUUGGGGAAAAAGUGUGCGGAGCCUGCUUUGCAAGGCUUUGAGCAUGUUUAUGGGGAUAUAGUGAGUGGGGUCAUCGAUGUUAAGCAAUUAGGGUUCUUAGUUAAGGAUAUGGAAGGGAUGGUUAGGAAAAUGGAGAGGUAUGUGAAUGCGACUUCCAAUUUGUAUGCUGAGAUGGAGGUGUUAAAUGAAUUAGAGCAGGCUACUAAGAAGUUUCAGCACGAGGAGAGUCGUAGAGCCUUCGAGCAGAAACUUGUUUGGCAGAAGCAGGACGUGCGCCAUCUUAAGGAGAUUUCGCUUUGGAAUCAGACUUAUGAUAAAGUUGUUGAAUUGCUGGCUAGGACCGUGUGUACUCUUUACGCUAAGAUUUGUUCCGUAUUUGGAGAAUCUCUAUUGAAGAAGGAGAGCAUUGAGGAUACUGGAGGAAGCAGUUCUUCCUCGUCUUCCAAAGAUGAAUCCGAGUUUUCAAGUCAGAUCAUUGGUUCAGGUUUACUUAAACGGGAUACUAGUCGAACAAGCAGUCAUGGGUUUCAAUUGAGAAAGGAGAUGAGUAUCAAGCCCAAAGUCUAUUCACGCAGAGGCGAAGAAGCUGUGUUUCGGACUGAAGAAGUUGUUUUCCCAUGUGUCACUAGUCCCGGGAGGCUUUUCAUGGAUUGCCUUAGUUUAAGUAGUUCAGCUUCUAAACUGGAGAACGAUGAAGAUGAUAUUGUUAUCGAUAAUGAUGACCGGAGUAGCCAAAUUUCUGGUUGCUGUAGUACUGCAAAUGGCGGAAUGAAGAGAGAACGCCCAAGUAUUACAGGGUUUUCUAAUCGAACCACAAGUGGUUUUUCGUGUGGUGGAGAUCAGAGGCAACCUAGGUUUAAUGUCAUAAAUGCGUAUUUCAACUGUAAAAGUAGGUUGACAGUGCGUGCUCCGCCUUCUACUAUAGGAGGAUCUGCUCUCGCCUUGCGUUAUGCAAAUGUCAUCAUUAUUUUAGAGAAGCUGCUUCGCUAUCCUCAUUUAGUCGGCGACGAAGCCAGGGAUGAUUUGUAUCAAAUGUUACCGACAAGCUUAAGAAUGUCAUUAAGGAUUAAUCUCAAGUCUUAUGUCAAGAAUCUGGCUAUCUACGAUGCUCCUCUUGCCCAUGAUUGGAAAGACACACUUGACGGGAUUUUAAGUUGGCUGGCGCCUCUAGCACACAACAUGAUCAGGUGGCAAAGUGAGCGUAACUUCGAGCAGCAUCAAAUUGUCAAACGAACAAAUGUGCUUUUGCUUCAGACGUUAUAUUUCGCCGACAGGGUAAAAACAGAGGGAGCUAUCUGUGAGCUACUUGUCGGGUUGAAUUACAUAUGUCGAUACGAACAUCAGCAAAAUGCUUUACUGGAUUGUGCGAGUAGCUUUGAUUUUGAAGAUUGCAUGCAGUGGCAAUUGCAGUGCCGAGCUGCUUUUGCUGAAUGAUUAUUCAUUUGUGAAGUUAAUUAGUUACUCUGAAGAAGUUUGUAAAGUGUAGUACUUGACUCCUGAUACUUGCAUAAAGACAGCUCAAUUGGAUGGAUUCUUAGUUUUUCUUACUGGCGACCUGAGUUGAUUGAUGUACUCGACUGCCAGGUUCAUUCAACUGUACAUUUUAAGCAGGAAGUUUAUUUAAAAUGUGGAUGCAAAGAGAAAGCGUACGAGCAAUGUUGAAGGAAAAAGCAGGUGGUAUCAUAAUGUGGGCAUUAAAGAGGUUACAGUGGGUAGAAGAGAGCAUUGAGUGUCAUAUUUAAACAAGUUCUUGGACCCCUUUUCUGUGUAGUUUUAAGUACACAUUACAUGCAUCCCAUAAAUAUAGAGUAAAAGAGUCAAUCUGGUCCUUGAAUUUGUGACUCGGGAUCAAUACCUCAUUUUCAACCAUUCUAUCAAUUAUAGACAAUACUCUCUUUUUAGGUCAAUUGAUAAUACUCUUUAUUUGAUAUCAAUUAAGAAUAAAAGUGAAUCAUCCCCUUUCCUUAAUUUGUUGA